AUGCAGCGACUAUGGUUGUUCGAUAUCGAUUGGGAUCAGAGUCUGCCGGAGGAAUCCCGGACCGCCUGGGAAAGUUACUACGCCUCUCUGUCGAGAAUCAAUGAGCUACGAAUUCCAAGAAACGUCGUACCAGGAAACUCGUCCGAUAAAUUCGACAUUUUUGGAUUCGGCGACGCGUCGGAGACAGCUUUCGGAGCGUGUUUAUACGCGGUGAGUCGUGACGACGAAGGGAACAUCCACUCCCACCUCAUUUGCUCGAAAACAAAGGUUGCACCGUUAAAAACGAUUUCGAUGCCUCGUUUGGAAUUAGAAGCGGCUCUGCUCCUCGCAAAACUUUAUACGACAGUAAAAACAGCGUACGGAGAGCGUCUCAAGGACGUCAAAUUGUGGAGCGAUAGUACAAUCGUUCUAGGCUGGCUCAAGACGUCGCCAAACGCAAUGAAGACUUUCGUAGCGAAUCGAAUUUCGAAAAUUCAAACUCUCACAAAGGCAACGGAUUGGUACCACGUCCCAUCGGAAGACAAUCCCGCUGACAUGCUGUCGCGAGGAAUCACGGUCGAACGAUUGAUCGAGGACAAACUGUGGUGGCAUGGACCGCCGUGGCUGACGCAGGAGGAGCCGUGGCCGAAAAACAUGAGGAAACCGGACACAGAAUUACCGGAAUUAAAGCCAGUGACCGUCACUCUGACGACAAUCACCGUAUCGAGCAUUCUCGAGAAAUUUAAGUCAUACCGCAAAUUAAUGCGUGUUAUCGCCUACUGUCUUCGCUGGAGAAAUCGAAAAAAUCCGUCUAAGAAUCGAGCACUCACCGUCCAGGAGCUCGACCGAGCAGAAAAAGCCAUAGCAAGAAUGGUUCAACACGAAAGAUUCGCGCAAGAAAUUCGCGACCUUGAGAACAAAAACGAGAUACAUCGCAAAAGCCCGCUUCGAGCACUGACCCCCGUGUUGGACGACGAAGGUUUGCUCCGAGUCGGAGGACGACUCAGGAAUGCAGAAUUGUCUGAGGAUCAAAAGCACCAGAUAAUUCUCCCGGCGAAACAUUUCGUUACAACGUUGAUAUUGAAAGAGGAACAUUUGCGUUUACAUCACUGCCCUCCGAUGCAAAUAUUGCACUCAGUGCGGCACAAAUUCUGGCCUUUGAGCGGCCACAGGGAGACGAAAAAGAUAGUAAAAGCGUGUCUCCCCUGUUUUCGAUUUCGCCCGAGCUUUCCCGAGGUGAAGAUGGGCGAUUUACCCGCGCAACGAGUCUGUGGAUUCGUGCGACCGUUCGUGACAACUGGCAUCGACUACGCUGGCCCGAUACAAAUUCGUGAGAGCCGCCGUCGUGGAAGGAUUCACGUCUGCAAGGGUUACAUCGCAGUUUUUACCUGUUUUAGCACAAAAGCUGUGCAUUUGGAACUCGUGACAGAACUCACGACCGAGGCAUUCUUGGCCGCGCUGCGUCGUUUCACCGCCCGGCGAGGUGUCUGUUCACAGCUGUUCUCUGAUAACGCAACGAAUUUUGUCGGCGCCGCCCGCGAACUCAAAGAAAUUUAUGAGUUUCUCGAAAAAGAAAAAACCGAGAUAGAAAACAAUCUCGCGAACCAGCGCAUUCAAUGGAAUUUUAUUCCACCCCGAGCCCCGACGUUUGGCGGCUUAUGGGAGGCGGCCGUAAAAGUCGCGAAAAAACAUCUGUAUACAAUGACACGAGGCUUGACCUUGACAUAUGAAGAGUACAGCACGCUCUUAACUGAAAUCGAGGCAAUUCUAAAUUCCCGACCCCUGACCCCCUUGUCCAGCGAUCCAGCUGAUCUAUCCGUGCUCACCCCUGCCCAUUUCCUUGUUGGCGAUUCACUUUUUCAGCCUGUGCAGCACGAUCUUCGGGAGACGCCGGAUAAUCACCUAUCACGGUGGGAGCACCUGCAGAAAAUUCGUCAAAAGUUAUGGCGAAGAUGGCAGGACGAGUAUCUACAAGAGCUUCAAAAACGAAGCAAAUGGAGCAAAAACGGAGCAAAUAUCGAGGUCAACACAGUUGUCUUGCUCAAGGACGAUAACGUAUCACCCCUUCAUUGGGCGCUUGGCAGAAUUGUCGAGCUUUUCCCGGGUCCGGACGGCGUCGUACGGGUCGGAGGCGGAAUGUUCAUACUAGGGCUUGGUUAUGUGCGAGUUGGUAGCCCUGUAAAUGAGGAGAUCGAGGCACCACUGGGGGAUUGA